GCUACGUCCAGGAGCUGACGGCGCUGCCCUUCACCGCCUACCUGGGCCACCACCCCACCCUGCCGCCGCUGUCGCCCGGCUCGCCCGCGCCCACCUACGCCACCCUGCAGCCGCCCUCCCCCUCCUCGUCCACGCCGAGGCGAUGCUUCACGAGCACGGGCGCCCAGCUGUCGCUGCCGCCCAAGAAGAAGGACAUCUACCGGCCGUACUCGCUGGAGCCGUCGUCGUCGCCGCAGCCCCUCGACGUGCGGGAGGAGGAGCUGCAGCAGCGGCCGUACGUGGAGGUGGCGCGGCCGGAGCCGCAGCGCGCGCGCCCCAUCACCCUCACCAUCACGCCCACGCCGCCCGUGCGCCCCAUCCCCCUGGACCCCAUGCGCGACUACCAGCAGCUCGACACGCGGCCGCCGCCCCUCAGCCUCAGCACGGCCGCGCCCGACGACCUGACGGCCGCGCACGCCAUCCUGGACCUGAGCGCGUCCACGCUGCCGUACCCGCCGGCCGUGCACCACCAGCAGCACCUCCACGACGAGCAACAGCAACAGCAGCAGCAGGCCCACCUCCAGCCGCAGCCCAAGUCCAGCCCGGACGUGGGCUCCACCAAGGGCUCCAGCAAAACCGUCUCCUACACCUACGAAGCCUUCUUCGUCAGCGACGGCCGGUCCAAGCGCAAGUCGUCCUCCUCGGAGGACGAGGGAAGCGGCGGCAGGGACAACAACGCACCGGACAAGAAGGGGCGCUACGCGUGCGGCGAGUGCGGCAAGCGGUACGCCACGUCCAGCAACCUGUCUCGGCACAAGCAGACGCACCGCAGCCUGGACUCGGGCUCGGCGCGCCAGUGCAACGUCUGCGGCAAGGCCUACGUGAGCAUGCCGGCGCUCGCCAUGCACGUGCUCACCCACCAGCUGACGCACGCGUGCGGGGUGUGCGGCAAGCUCUUCUCGCGGCCGUGGCUGCUGCAGGGCCACCUGCGCUCGCACACGGGCGAGAAGCCCUACGGCUGCGCGCACUGCGGCAAGGCGUUCGCCGACCGCUCCAACCUGCGCGCCCACAUGCAGACCCACUCGCAGGACAAGUCGUACUCGUGCCACCGUUGCCACAAGAGCUUUGCACUCAAGAGCUACCUCAACAAGCACCUCGAGUCGUCCUGUGUCCGGGACGGCGUCAGCUCAUCGGAGGAGUCGUCCAUGACGGGGUCCGUGGAGGAGAACACGAGCUCCGCCUUCGCGGCGCCCAACACCAGCAUGGUGGGCAUGCCCUUCGCCACGGCGUGCUCAGCGUGAGCCACCAUUGUACCACUCACCGCUGUGACGCCCACAGAAAGAAUUUGCCAAAGAAAGAAACGAAAAACUAUUUUGUACGUCAAGUAAAAAUGGCGCAGCGGUGUUUACCCAAGCGAUGCUCGCUCCGUCCCACACUCUCUCUCUCUUUCACAGAGCGUGGCCGGGCUUUUUUCACUCUAUUAAUGCGGCCCGGCCAUUAUUUUUUACAAAUUUUAUAUGUCUCGCACAGACAGAAGGCCUGACCAGGUCCGGAAAAUAUUGUCUCUAUUCAAAACUGAUUGAAAGUGUGCAUUUAAAGGACUAUAGCUUGACGGUAUUUCGGUGGUUUCUUAGUCAUGAUUUUGAGAGUUAUUUGCUGAUUGUAUGAUAUUGAUGUUCGUCAUUUUAUUUUAUUAGACUUGACAAAGCUAACAAAGUGCACGCUUUGACAAGCCCACUGCGGUUCUGCAGGUUGGUUAGAGAUUUGUACAGGUUAUUUUAGUCAACAAGUUUAUAAAACGUUUGUUUUUUAUUUAUUAUUACGACUGGACAUUUAUAAACCAAAAAGUUAUUACGGUUAAGUAACACCGACCAGUAGUCGGCUUGUAUAAUAACUUAGACAGUUUAGUGAGAUAUAAAACACUUGCUAGUCAGCGUGCAUAGUCGCUAGUCACUAACUAGUCGGGACCGAAAAGCAUCUGGUAUGCUGGGACCUCGUCCCUAGCUUCCGAUGUCUUCACUUUACCAUGUAGUAAGUAAAUUUUGACACUGCUCAGGUUCCACUGCAUCGUUAAUUUAUGUGGAGAGGGGUGACCGUGUUUUUAUUACAGUAAUGUACACUUAAUACUUUAAGAUUUAUAUGCUACGCAUAUAGCUCACGUAAAUUUUUGCAAGGUAUGAGUACCAGCUUUCCUAAUAUUAGGGUUGGCUUUAUGAAAAAUUGCCAACAAGGCAGUGGUCUUUGGUUAGGUGAUAACAUUAGUGAUAGACCAAAAGACUUAAUAUGUUUUAAGUUGUUUCUUUUCUUCAAAGUUAUUGAUCUCCGUAACUUCAAAAACAUUCCAAAUUUUAGAAACCCGCUGCCUUUUAUAUUUUAAGUGUGUCGUACUGUUGAGGCUGUAAAUGUAUAUAUGUGAAAUACCAAAAAUGCAUUAUUAUUGUAUAGGGAUUCAUUGAAUUUUAUUUUAUACAUACAAGUAUGAAGCGUGCUGUGACAUGUCUAUUAGUGUACAUAGGUGCUUACUGGCCCAAUUAUACAGGAAACAAUUAGUCAUAAUUUUAAGUAGACUAGUCUGAGCCUAGGGGACUGGUGCAAUAAUGCCUUUAAAAUAAUUACGUAUGAGUCAGAACGCUUGAAUGGAGUGGUUGGUUCGCGGAAGCGUUGAAUGCAAGAAUCGAGUGAAUGGUAAGAACUAAACUAAAUCUUUCAUUUAUAUUUUUCUUGAGUUUUCUAUUCUUUUCACCAAUGCCAGUUCUGAAUAACUGGGAAAACAAACACUGAUAUUUGCUCAGCUAUUGCCUUUUGUAUCUCUCAGAAGUGUUUGAUAAUAACCACAAAUUAUUAAUACUUAACCAUGUAUUUAACUUAGAAUUUCGUUUGAAUAUUGCCCUAUCUAUUGGUGAAGGGAACAAAAUUAUCCUCGAUGAGCACGCCUGCAGUUCGCGACGUCCUACCGCAACGUCUUUACAAAGUUGCCUGGAAUCUGAUAGCCUCCUAGCCUCUUCGAGACAUUGGCUUUAAUCCUUGUAAACUGCCGUCCUCGACCCCCAUCGUCCAAUCCCCUUCUUAUCAGAUCUCAUACCGAGUGCUGCUCGAUGUACUAAAAAGUAAGUCGUUUCUUUUUAUUCGCACUAUUCCUGGAGCGAGUUUCUGCAACAUCUAUUGACCCCACCCUCGCCCCGGCCAACUAACAAAAAAAAUGUCCCUGCGCCUGCAUUGGCAUGCAGAGCAAGAUUUCCGAGAGCGCAGCCGCGUGGAGAUAUACCAGCGCCUCAGGGAAGCUUACGAGAAGUGAUGAUGCUGAGGGGAGAAAAACGGUCGGGUAAGCGGCGCUGGUCACCAAUACAAAUGGCAGGGGUGGGCCUACGUCACACAAGUGGGCACGAGAGGGCCCCCUUUGUAUGAUUGGCCGGGUGAGCAGACAACACUCACCACCCAUCCUGCAUUACGCUGUGCGUCCAAUGCACGGAUGCUUGCUUGUCAAUAUUGCGCAUUUCGUUCACCACGACCUGUUUUUUUCCCCCUCUUUUCCACUUUGUUCUGAUUCUUUUGUGGAAAUAUUUGGCCAAGAGGACGGCACAAAACAGGGCGGUAUAAAGUGGUUACACCUUAAACUUAACCGAAAUCUGAACCCUUUCUCUCAAUCUUUCUCAAUCUUUUCUACGCUACUUUCUAGGGACAUGGUAAACUUCUUUAUGGGUCCGUAAGGUCAUGUUGAUACUUUUCUUUCCCCUUAUUUCUCUUUUUUCUCAAAACCCGUUGCAUAGCAGAGCUUCCUUUAUCUGCUGGUAAUGGUUGGAAAGGAAAGUGUUCUCUAUCUUCACUCUUUCAUCUUGCUCCUAAUAUCAGCUUCAUUUCAGCUACGGCCUGUAUUACCUGUCCUAAAUCUAUCACUUUCUAUCUCUAUAUUAUUACUUUUUUUCUACUUUUCGUUAUUGUUUUCUUCCUUAACUAAAUCUUUCGAGGCUCUUGUACUUUCUUCAUUCACGAUUCUAGAGUCUCACCCACCUCAUAUUUCCAAUUCUAUAUCUAUACUUUCCUAUCGCUUCUUGAAUUCUUGAGAGAUCGGACAAAGAGUUAUCAAUUUCAAAGAAAAGGUUUUAUUUCCUGAGGUCAGACGUGAUUUGCAGGUGUGCACCAAGUAGGUAGCUUGUCUCAUCUUGUUUCCCCUUUAAUCGGAACUAGCUGAGGUAAACCCAGCGAGUGUAUAAUCUAGUCAUGAUUACUCUAUCCAGCGGCAAAGUGCUUAACUAAUAGGUAAACGUAUAUAUUAGGACGGUAUGAUUAAGUGAGGAGUUUGAAUGAAAAUGAGUGUAUGGUUUUUCUGGUCAACUUUGUUCUAUCGAGUCAUUUUUAUUGUCUAGUCAAAGUCCUUUGUAACAGUUAACGUUACGGUAUUUGAGUGUUUUGUUUGAAUCGUGUCAGUACAAUAAUUGUUAAAUGAUGUUGGCCAUGUUAUGUUGUACGAGCUGUACAGUUGUCUUGUUACUUUUUACAUAGAUGUGAAAAACACAUUUUAUGGAAAACUAUUUGUUCCAGUUGUUAAAAUUCUUCUUGAAAAUUACAUUAUUUUGAGCGAAUGGGACGUAAAAUUGUUAGCCAAUCAGAAUUCGUUUGUAAAUAAAACGGGUCUUGUUGCAAAACAUGUUUCUUGAUCACAUUUUGUGACUUAUUUUUUCACAAGUUUUUCUGGCUUUUCAGGUCGGUCGCUUGAAUGUACGGGGCUUUUAACGCUGGUUCGAUUUUUAUAAUGCUAAAGUUCAUAGCUUCAUUAUCAGGAUUAUAAAGAAUAACUAUUCUUUAAAAUGUUUGCACAAAGAACUGCGGAAACAUUUAAGAACUGCUCAUAAGCAAAGGAAGUUAAAUUCGAAAAUUCCUCCUCGAAUCGUGUCUUAAAUCAUAAUGAGUCAAUUAAUUUACGCGUUCAAUUACGCAUGUACAACAAUGCGAGCGUUCUCAUACUGGGAAAUCGUUAGCUUAUGUUGACAUGGUCUCUGCUACGAAUGUCAAUUCAUGUCUUGUAUGUACAUAAAAUGUGUAAUAAGUAAACAUUUCAUGUCAUCGGUAACGCGUUUGUGUAGAGAUUUUGGUGUAUAAAGGCGUUUACAACUGUGUGUUUCGAAGCAAUAAAUUAUAGCAAUAUCACUGUUUAUUUCAGCAAUAAUUAAAUGUUAAACCUUAUUUAUUGAGCAAUAAUUCAACGAGAUUUGGUUAACGAACCCUCGUACUGUCAGUGCUCCGACCGUAUGAUAUGCCGGGUAUUCGAAAGCAAUAAAUUCGUAGUAAUAAGGGUUACAGUGUCAGGGCUCCCUCGGUCUACCGUCGGAAUAAAUGCUCUCACGUGCCCAAUAUACUUAGCAAUACAAAUAGUAAUAAUAAUUUAGUUCAAAUUUACAAAAUUUACGUAAGAAUUUUUUGUUAUAAAAACAAACAAAGCAAAAAAAAAAUGAAGGUUGUAAUACACCAUAAUGUGCUGGUUACAGACGUGUACCUUCCGUUGAGGAAGAGAACCAUUGUGUCUCUAAGAUUGCCUAAUCCAAGGUAGUGUAGCAAUGAUUGACUGAAAAUGCUUUUAAAAUAAAAGAUGAUGUUAUUAUGAUAAUUUAACGGAACGAUGCUGAUUAAAACGACAUGGAGAUGGCUUCAUGCAAAGUUCUUUGAUUGUUUGAGUACGUAAGUCUACGUAUCUGGACGAAGGGAAAGAGAUGAAUUAUACGCUCUUAACACAAA